GUUCACCCACUGGGCAUUUUGUUAUGCCACUGGGGAGGUGUAUUAUUAAUUAGGUAGACUAAAAGAGAUAUAAAUAAUCAUUCCUUGGUAUGAUCCAGGCUAAUUUAUUUUGGUUUAUUCACAACACACAAACACACACGUGUAGCAGGAAUAUGCAGCAUCAGCCGAGCGAAGUGAUCCUCCUCUGCCUCUAAUUUAGACAGAAGACUCCAAACAGUGUGAAGCAGCCAGUCGGCAGAUGUUGGACCUAAGAGGGAGAAAUUCUGGCUUGACUGGGUGAGAGGAACACUCAGAACCAGAGGGGAGUUUUAACUGACAAAGCAGGAUCCUAACGUGGCUGUGCUGUCGUCUCUGCAGUUCCUAAAAUGGGUAUUAGAAAGUGACUGCUGCACCCCCGGGAGUGAAUGAAAUGGAUGAACUAGCGCUCUCUUCAUUGCAGAUCCUCGGGGAGCAAGCAACUGUAGUCCUAAUGGAAAGUAGCUAAAGUUAACAGCUACUUUUGCUUCCUUUCCUGAUGUCGCAGUGGGGCCAAGGGACAUAGGCAAAGCUUGUUCAAGGAGUUAAUACGAGGGCAGUUUUCAUUUAGGACGAAAGAAGCUCAGUUUUGAACAGUUAAUGCAUAGCCAGAUGACUGUGACUAAUACAGAAGAGGCGUAGUUCCAAGAGAUGCUGUACUGAACACUGAAAAUCCCGCCCCUUCUGCUUUCCUAGCCUCAAUUUGGUCCAGCCACCUUUGGGCUGGCAUCUUUUCAACCCUAACUGAUCUAAGACGGUUCGUGGAAUCUGUACGUCGCCUUCUGCUAGACCUUCUGAAAGCAGCCGGCUUGCUCUGGAAUAUGCUUCCCCCAUGGACGACCUUCGGUCCUCGCUCACCUACAAUAUAAUCUGAAGAACAAUCGGGAAACUGAGUGAGGAGGUAUGGCAAACUCCGGAGAGGAUGGAGACCUGAAUGCCACCUGCAAUGGCACAAGUGACACUUGCUGUGCGGACAAUUCUACAAAGUACAACUUCACAUCCCAUGAACAGUCGCCAGACUUCUAUGUCCUCCUCCCUGUGAUCUACUCUGUGAUCUGUGCUGUGGGUCUGACGGGCAACACGGCUGUCAUCUAUGUGAUCCUGAAAGCCCCUAAGAUGAAGACAGUAACCAACAUGUUCAUCCUCAACUUAGCCAUUGCCGAUGACCUGUUCACUCUGGUCCUGCCCAUCAACAUUGCGGAACAUCUCUUGCACUACUGGCCCUUUGGGGAGAUCCUCUGCAAAGUCAUCCUCGCCAUCGACCACUACAACAUUUUCUCCAGCAUCUACUUCCUCACUGUCAUGAGCAUAGACAGGUACCUGGUGGUCCUAGCUACCGUCAGGUCUAAGCGCAUGCCCCAUCGCACCUACCGGGCUGCCCGCAUUAUCAGCUUUGGCAUCUGGUUCCUAGUCACGCUCAUCGUUUCCCCCUUCUUCGUCUUUGCCAAUGUCUAUAAAGAUGGCUUGGACAUCGAGAGCUGUGCCCUCAAUUUUCCCAGCCCUGAACGUUUUUGGUUCAAAGCCAGUAGGAUCUACACUCUCAUCCUGGGCUUUGCCAUCCCCGUUUCCACCAUCUGUAUUCUGUACAUCAUGAUGCUGUAUAAACUGAGAAACAUGCGCUUGAACUCGAAUGCUAAAGCCCUAGACAAGGCCAAAAAGAAAGUCACCAUCAUGGUCUUCAUUGUCCUGGCUGUGUGUCUUUUCUGCUGGACACCCUUCCACCUGGCCACCAUUGUGGCUUUGACCACUGAUGUGCCCCAGACCCCUGAGGUCAUUGGCAUCUCCUAUUUCAUCACCAGCCUGAGCUAUGCGAAUUCCUGCUUGAAUCCAUUCUUGUACGCCUUCUUAGAUGACAGCUUCCAGAAAAGUUUCAGGAAGAUGCUGGAAUGCAGAGCUGCUUAAAAUAUCAGCCCUUCCAUGUUCAUCAUGGCUUUCAGUGACAACUCCUGCAAACUUCUCAGUGUGUGUCUGAAGAACUCUGCAUUUUGCUUACGUUUAAUUUUGUUUUGGGGGCUGCUUAUGUCUUCCCUGUAAGAAUCAUCCUGUUGUGCUUUCGUUGCUGUUAAUUCUUUCCCAGCUAUUUUGCUUUGUCAGAAUGCCUAAUGUAUAUUGCCAGAAAGGAGAAAGAUCUUGGACUUGUAGAAGUGUCCUUUCUUGUGUCCUAGUCUACUUCUGCCCCCU